AUGGCCAACCAGAAGAGUGUCGUCGUUGUCGGAGCAGGCGUCAUCGGCCUCUCCACCGCCCUCGUGCUCUCUAAGCACAAGGACCUCAGCAUUACCGUCGUGGCCAAGCACAUGCCCGGCGACUACGACAUAGAAUAUGCAUCACCCUGGGCUGGAGCAAACUACUUUCCUGUCGGCAAACCAGGCUCAAAUUUGCAGAGGUUCGAGAAAGCUACCUGGAGUGAGCUCGAUCGGAUCUGUCGUGAGAUACCCGAAGCAGGCAUCCAUUACCAGGCGACGAGGGUCUAUGGGCGAGAGAAAGAUGCAGGCACCGCUACAGGGCAGUGGUUUGAAGAGCUGACCAAAGAAGACGCAUGGUUCAAGGACGUUGUGCCGAAUUUCCGCGUACUGUCCAAAUCUGAACUCCCAGAAGGCUGUGACCGGGGCACGGAGUUUACUUCAUGCGUGAAGGCUGGUGUGACCAUCAAGCGCGGUAUACUCUCCCACAUCUCUGAAGCAGGCAGCUUCCAUACCUCGGGGCAUGCAAAUGCCGUCGUGAACUGUACUGGUCUUCUAGCCUCCACACUGGGAGGCGUCAUGGACAGUAACGAGUACCCUGGACGUGGUCAAAUUGUCCUAGUGCGGAACGAGCCUGGUGUCAUGGUGACAGUAAGCGGAACCGAUCAUGGCAGUGAAGAGGCUACGUAUAUCAUGCAGCGCGCAGUCGGUGGUGGGACAAUACUCGGAGGCUGUCUACAACACCACUCUUGGGAAUCGCAACCUGACCCCAACCUCGCACAGCGCAUCAUGCAACGCUCCAUCGACCUAUGUCCGUCACUCGUACCGAAGACCGGAAAAGUGACUGAGCUGAGUGUCAUUAGACAUGGUGUUGGUCUGCGGCCUAUGAGGACUGGCGGUCCAAGGGUGGAGCGAGAGAAAAUUGAUGGAGUUGAAGUAGUGCAUAGCUACGGACAUGCUGGCUAUGGGUACCAAAGCGGCUGGGGAAGUGCGUGGGAAGCAGAGAAGCAGGUGUUGAACAUCUUGAAUGAAGACAGGAUAAAAGCCAGGCUCUAG